AACGAGCGACACUGUUCAUAAGAAUAACAGUCGAGUUCGCAAGAUGGCGUCUGUGUACUACUCCAUUGCUUUUAUUUUGUUAUUUGCUAACUGCAAGGUGUUUGCCGAUUCUACGGAACAGAAGGAUGCCUGUGUAGCAGUAUUCAACAGCACUAUCGAUGACAGAAAAUGCUGCGAGGUCUCAAUGUGGGUCGACAGUGGCGAGUCCACAAGAUGCAAAGAAGACGGGGACAUGACGUGUGAUUACUUUAAAUGUCUCGCAGAUGAGAAUGGAUUGCUAGACGACGAUAAGAUUAACGACGAAAAGGUGAAAGAGUUAUUAAAUCAAUGGGAGAAAGAGAAUCCGAGUGAGAAAGCAAGUAUAAAGAAAGUGAGACGCAACUGUUCGGGUGGGAAAUUCAUGGAGUUACUUGCCGACUCUAGCGUCAGUGACGACGUCUGUGAACCUCUAAACUUCUACUUAUGCGUUUAUAUUAAUAUAAUUUUCGAGUGUUCAUCAUGGAAGCAGGACUCUCAGUGCACCAAAAUGAAGGAAUAUACGCAAACUUGUAAAAAAUUCCUUGACAUUUAAAUCACCAACAAUAAAUAAUAACUAUUUUAAUUUUAAUUUGAAAUUAGUUUGAAAAUAAAACGAGAACAUAUUAAAAGAAAUAACAUUUUAUUUGUUCCGACGAUUUUCUUCGUUCACAGAGCGCAUUGGCGUCCACAUCUCAAAUCUCACAAGCCACAAUCUAUCAUUAAAAAUAAUAGUAACUAUUACGUGAACGAUCUUCUGUGAUUUCUCUCUUUCGCAUUUUAUUAUUUACAAUAUUUACACAAUGGACAUUGAACAGACAAAAUACAAAGCAAAUUGUCAUCAUAAAGAUAGAUAACAAUACUCCUAUUGCUUUACUCUGUUCCCGUGACAUUUAGUCUAUGGUUUAAGGUACAUUUUCACUUAAAGAUUGGUUUUAGUGAUCACCAAAUAGGGCACUAUUCCCAUACACAAACUUCAUUAUCUCAUUUAAUAUUCAUACAUUAUCAAUCUUCAUCAAACAUGAAAAUAUUAAACCUGAAAUUAAUCAAACACAUACAAGUAAAACUAAGAAUAAUAAAUAAUAGAAACAUUAAAAGGUAAAAGAAGUUUGAAAAUUACAUACAUUUAGUGUAAACGUACCUUAAUAUUGACGUGGGAACUUUAAAAAUCAUAAAAGGAUUAUGUAUCUCAUCAGGACAUAGAAUCAACUAUCAUUCUCUACCAAUUCAUACAAAUGUUUGCCAUAAGGCACAAUGUCACCUUGGCCACAUAACAAGUACUAAAUAAAACAUUGGUGAUAUUUUUAUAUGUCAAAUUUUAAAGUAUCAAUUACACAUUAAA